CCGCCCAUUGGCUCCCGCCGAGGACAGCAAUCCAGAAGUGACCGAAGGAAGAAUCAACAGCAAAGUAAGUUUGCGUGUGUUUUAUAGUUCCUAACUUACGGAUGCGGUCUCAGGAAGGCCCCCGCUGAGAAAUGGAGCUGCGGGAGGACGCCUCGCCCGCUUCGGCCUUCGAGAAGGACGCGUUCCAGCUUACCGUGGAGGACGUGUACGACAUCUCCUACGUGAUCGGUCGAGAUUUACUCAAGAUCAGCAGCUCAGGUGAGGAAGUGUCGGACCUGCAGUUCCGGAUCGUCCGCGUUCUGGAGCUGUUCGAGACGGUGGUGAAGCAGUACAACCUGUCGGUGGAGGAGCUGAGGCUGGAGAGGGACAACCUUAAGACCGAGCUGGACCGUAUCCUCGGGGAGAACUGCACGGAGAACGGCCCGCCGGCAGUGGGACCCGAUCAGUUGGUGAUUGACCUGAAGGACCCCAACAGACCCCGGUUCACCAUGCAGGAGCUGAAGGAAGUGCUCCAAGAGCGGAACCAGCUUAAGGCCCAGCUGAUGGUGUCACAGGAAGAGCUCCAGAUGUACAAGAGUGGCAGGCUACCAAUGGAGCCAGGUAUGGUGGAGAUAGACCUGGAAUCUCCCCCUGCCACCGACAACGGCUCGGCUGCAGGCGACGACGCCAGAGAGGAGCCGAAAGAUGAGAGAACAGCCAUCUCAAAACUGUUUUCAUUCAGGAGAAAAUGAGGAUUACUUCUUACAAUAACGGGACCAAUUUAUUUACACACAAGCCAACAAGGAUUUUUUUCACAUAUUUUUGCAUUUUUUUAUACAACUUUUUUAAGCUUUUUUGUAAUCCAUAGGAUGCAAUAGCAUGUGAUGCAUUAGACAUUUUAAAGGUGCAGUGUUUAUAAUUUAAUGGAAUCAAGAACAAUAGACUUGGCAGAAAUUUAAUAUAAUAUUCAUAAGAAUGUUUUAAUCAGUGUAUAAUCCCGUGAAAAAACUAGAUAAGAGUGGUACUGCUAAAUGCCACCAAAUCCAACAUUGAACCUUUAAUAAGUGAAGGACAAUAAUGCAGGGGAUUGUUUCUGAUGAUGUACAUGGUGUUAACUUGAAAGUAUUGACAUAAUCUCAUCCUGUCUCAGGACCAUACUGCUUAGUAUUCAAUGAACUUUCUGAAGUAUUCAGUCCUAGAUGUAUUGAGAUGAUCGUCAAUAGUUAAGCAACUGCUUUUUCAGCACCGGAAAGAUUAACCAGCCCAGCAAUAGUCCAGUGUUCUGGUUAAAACCAGACUAUGGGAUUCUGUAUCCAAAGCAAACACUUGAAUAAAGUGAUCGAUACAAUU